AUUUUUAUUUUAUUCUAUUUUCAAGUGUUUGGGGGUUUCUUCAUAUUGUACAAUACAAUCCUACAAUCAUAAGACAUGCCCUCGAUUUCAUCACCCAAGCCAUUUAGCUAGGUACAUAUUAGUUUGCAUAUCUAUUCUUGGGUAUAGGAGGACAGAAAUAUAAGGGAGGGGGAAAGAAAGCCCACAGCAAUAUGAAGUCCGAUAUCAACGAUUUCCUCGAGCCUCUGGCCAUCGACGAGCCCAAAGCACACGCGCUAUCGCAUGAGCUGUUCCGCACCUUUCAACAUUUAUCCGCUCACUCGUCAAAUCAGUUCCUCCCGACCCCGAUAUCAGAGUCCAUACUCCGGCCCACUGAAGGCCGAGAAAAAGGAAGAUAUCUGGCGAUUGACAUUGGUGGUACUAAUUUGAGAGUUGGCUUUAUUGAGCUACUGGGGAAUGAAAAUGGUAUACAUUGCAAUGGCACGAACGGCGAAGGAAAGUUGCCGGACUCAGAAUCGUCACCUAACCUGCAUCGAGUACUCGAGAGGUCGUGGCCAAUCUCGGACGUCCUCAAAAAAGAGAAUGCCGAUUCAUUGUUCCAGUGGAUUGGAAGCUGCAUAGCAGAAGUUGUACGAGAAGGGUGUGAAACGCUCAAUUUGUCUCGCGAUCGCGAACUUCCUAUGGGUGUUACAUUCAGUUUUCCCAUGGUUCAAGAGACUUUAGCCGACGCAACGCUCAUGGCGAUGGGAAAGGGAUUUGCCAUCACCUCCCGCUUGCAUCUUGGAACUCAUUUGAUUAAUGGCUACGAGGAGUCGAAAACCCCAGACUUGCCACCAAUUAAAGUUGCGGCUAUCUUGAACGACGCCGUUGCGACCCUGGUAUCAUUUAUAUACCAGUCUCAGGAGGAUGAAACCCAUAAAGCGGCGAUGGGGCUCAUAUGCGGUACUGGCAGCAAUGCCACAAUACCUCUCAAGAAGAGCACUCUCCACAAGGACAAACAGCCUGGCAAAGUCAAGGUUUUGCAAGGAGAGUCAACCGACGACAUGAAAAUUGCCGUCAACACCGAAUGGAGUAUCAAUGGGACGGCGCCGGCCUUGCGAAAGUAUGGCCUAAUCAGCCAAUGGGAUACUAAACUGGACUCUGAAGGCGAAGCACCUGGGUUCCAACCGCUUGAAUACAUGACUUCGGGACGGUAUCUCGGCGAACUGGGACGGCUGAUGUUAAUAGAUUACCUCGAGCACCAUUUAGGUAUAUCCGUGGACACCAUGCCCUCACAACUGCAAACACGAUUUGGCCUUACGACGACUUUUCUCAGCCUUUUCCGCCCCCCAAACACACCGGUAUUACUAGCUAAGCUUGAGGAGGAGUUCCCGCAAUCGACUGCUAAGGCACCUUUUCAAUGGACCGAAGAAAUGGCGGAUAUUUUAUACAGAAUCGCGAAAGCUAUCGAAGUCAGAGCUGCUGGUAUUGUAGCGGCAGCCAUUGUUGGGCUUCUCGCGUGUGCCGAUGAUAUUCCCCUUGGUGAUUCGCCUGCAAACACCCCGAACGGUAGCUUUAUUGAGUCAAAACCCGCCAAAAUGGAAUUGAUUGUUGGAUAUACUGGGGGCUGCAUUGUUCACUUCCAAGACUACCUGGCAGACUGUCAACAAUUCCUUGACUCAAUAAUUCGAACCGAGUUCGGAGACGAUGCCCCUCUGAGGGUAAUCCUGCGUCCGUGCCACGACGGAGGGAUCAAAGGUGCAGGUGUCCUUUGCGGCGCCUCUCAAGCAAAGCCUUCUGACACUGCUUGAGAUUACCUGUGGAUGUAUAUAUUUUGAAUCUCUUGGAGUUUAGAGAGGCGUAUCUUCAUAGCACGGCUGAGGGAGGGGGUCAAGGGACAAGGGGUUGGGUGGCAAUUGUUGCGCAUGCUGCAUUUCACACUGAUGGCAUUGGUAUGUUCCCGAGAUGAAGGUUUUCUUGUAUUAGGCACGGAUCAUACGGAUUGGGUACCUAUCUCUGCCUAGUACAUAGUAAUCAAUAGCUGUGUCAUCUCAAGCUUCAUCUACGAGCUGUAGUUG